AUGAUGGCAUUCGCAUGGAAAGAAAUCUCAGGGCGGAAAGAAAAUCAGAAUGGGAGCUUACCAUACAAGGACCUCCACAACAAGAUGGUCGAGGGAUUCACUCUCUCCUAUCCGCGCUACACUUCCUUGCAAUUAUACUUUCCAUGUCACUUCUUAAGUUUUAUUAACCGAAGGGGGUACUGCGGCUAUAGUAACCGCACCCCUAAUUUUGUGUGGACCAAGCAUUGGUAUGCGGAAAUUGUAGGUUGGCGCCUCGCCUUUUUCUUGGCCAACUACGUCGCAGCAAGAUUCAUACUCGGAGCUCCAUGUGUGUUGAUACUUCUAAUCUAUAAGUGGAUGAGAAGGCACCGGGCAAUCGAUGCAAACAUCGAAGAAUUCCUACAAGUUCACAACAACUUUUUGCCCAUAAGGUACUCUUACUCGGAUAUCAAGAAGAUUACAAAAAAUUUCAAAUGCAAAUUAGGUGAGGGGGGAUAUGGCUCUGUGUAUAGAGGAAUCCUUAGAAGUGGCAAUGAAGUUGCGGUUAAGAUUUUGAACAAACCAGAAUCUAAUGGCCAAGAUUUUAUUAGCGAAGUGGCCACAAUUGGAAGGAUCCACCAUGUCAAUGUGGUGCAACUUGUUGGUUUUUGCUUCAAUUACUCCAAACAAGCUCUGGUCUAUGAUUUCAUGCCGAAUGGCUCUUUGGAUAAACACAUUUCGAAUAAGGAUGGUGAUGAUCCUCUUGAUUAUAAGAAAAUGCAUGAGAUCUCUCUUGGCAUAGCUAGAGGGAUAGAGUAUCUACAUCGGGGGUGUGAUAUGCAAAUUCUACACUUUGAUAUCAAGCCGCACAACAUUCUCCUAGUCCAAAGUUUCACUCCGAAAAUUUCUGAUUUUGGACUUGCAAGACUUUAUCCCAUCGGUCAUAGCAUAGUAUCGUUGACUGCGGCAAGAGGAACCUUGGGUUAUAUGGCACCUGAGCUAUUCUACAAAGACAUUGGUGGCAUUUCUUAUAAAGCCGAUGUUUACAGUUUUGGGAUGAUGUUGAUGGAAAUGGCUGGUAGAAGGAGAAAUAUAAAUGCACAUGCAGAGCAUUCAAGUCAAAUUUACUUUCCUUUGUGGAUUUAUGAUCAACUCAGCAAAGAAAAGGAGGUUGAGAGGGUAGAAGUCAUAGAAGAGGAAAGAGAAACAAGGAAGAUGAUCAUCGUUGCGUUAUGGUGCAUACAGCUGAGCCCUAAUGAUCGGCCGUCAAUGAGGAAAGUUCUAGAUAUGCUUGAAGGAGAUAUCGAUAAACUGCAACUACCUCCAAAACCAUUUUUGUAUCCGAUAGAGGCACUAAUUGAUGAUGACAACAAUGAGAUAGAACUUGAAAUGGUCUCAUCUUCGUCAAGUGCUCCGAUAAUUUCUAGCAGUUACCAAUUUGACCACGGCAAUGAGUUUACAAAAUCAUGUAUUGUGUGAUUGUUCUCCUCUUGUAGAAAUGAGAUGCAAAAUAUAAUUAAUACUAUCAGCAUGUACCAUCAUUGAUAAUGUAAUCUAUGAAGCUUUUACAUGUUUUUCAUAUAGCAUCGGUGUUUUCUAUUAGACUCAUUAUGUCC